UCUUAAAUUUUAAAGUUACACGGUAUGUAGAUAUCUGUGUGUGUAUCUGCUGUAUUUAUACUUUUACAUCAUGUUAUUAUGAGUGCUGAUGGAGCAGCUGCCAUGUUAGCACUUCUGAUCUGAACUCCAUUCAGAAAAGAAGCAUUUUAACAGUUGUUUACUUGUCGUCUUGCUGACAAAAGAUGAAUUCAGACUUUUUACAAAUUGGCAUUAUGAUGUAGUUAUUUCAUCCUUUCCAUUCGUUUAUUGCAAAUAAAUCAGAGCAAAAUCUGAGUUUAUUUUGGGUUCAUCCCACUUUAAGGUCUGUGGUUGUUGUCUGGGAAGUGCAGUAAAUCAACAGAUGUUUGGGGGGAGUUUUGUGUGAGGGGUUAAUGCAGUUUAUCAGCAAAACUAACAGAGAAGAGUAAAUAAUGUGUCUCUGAGUGUUUACAGAUAAGUGUAGGUGUGACUUGUCAGCAGGAGGACUGAGCUUCAGUAACAUCACUGUGCUGAAUGUUAAACCUAAACCCAGUCAAACUCCAAGUGACACAAGGUGAAAAUUCACUUCGGGUUCGGUGUGAACACACCGUUACAAACCUACCAACGAGAUCAUUUAACUGUUUUGUGGAAAAACUAUAUCAGACAUGAAUUAUUAUUCAAAAUGGAGUACUUUAUAUACAAGUUAAACUAUGUCUGAAAGAGUCUCUCUCUGUCACACACACACACACACACACACACACAUACACACACACACACAUACACACAAGUUUGCUUAAGUCACUUUUGGGGUAUUUACAUAGACUUGCAUUCAUUUCCUGGAGACUUACCUUAAGCCUAACCAUAAUCACCGACCCAACAGUCAGCCUUUUACCAAUUGGAGACACAGCUUUUGUCCCCAAUUGGACAAACGAUCCCCAGUUAACUGGUCUUCAGUCUGGUUUGUGUCCCUGAAAGUGACUUAAGUCACAAUCACACACACACACACACACACACACACACACACACACACACACCACACCACACACACGCACUGAGCCGCUGAUCGAUCACCGUCAGUCUGUUUGAUCAGCUUCAGUCCAGCUGGUUCUGGUUGGUUCUGGUUCCGGGUUGGUUGUUCCGGAACUUUUGUGACUCGGUGUGAAGCUUGAAUCCCGGGUUAACAGUUAGCUUAGCUUCGGUUAGCUGCAGGUCACGGGUCAUUCCCGGAACAGAGUCUGCUGUCCGGAACACACAGUUAGCUUCCGUUAGCUUAGCUCCGCGGCUGCUAGCAGGUAGUUAGCAGUUAGCAGUUAGCCUCGGCAUGCCGGCGAUGCUGGACAGAAACCCGGAGGUCCCGGGGAAACGGAGGGGCAGAGCUCCAGCGGGCGGCGGCGGCGGCGGCGGCACCGGCCCUGGACCAGCAGCUCACCCCGGCGGGAAGAGCCUGUCCGGUAAUGGAACCAGCACAAACAGCUGCUGGGAAGAAGGAAGUUCAGGCUCAAGCAGCGACGAGGAACAUGGUGGAGGUGGGAUGCGGGUCGGACCGCAGUAUCAAGCCGUGGUUCCGGACUUUGACCCGGACGUGGCCCAGGCAGCUCAGCUCCGAGAGAACCUCGGCAUGUUGGUGUGGAUCCCCAGCAGCUGUCUGAACCAGACUCAGUUGGACGAGUACAUCGCCAUCGCCAAAGAGAAACAUGGUUACAACAUGGAGCAGGCUCUCGGCAUGCUUUUCUGGCACAAACACAACAUUGAGAAAUCUCUGGCUGACCUGCCAAACUUCACUCCCUUCCCUGACGAGUGGACGGUGGAGGACAGAGUCCUGUUCGAACAGGCCUUCAGCUUCCACGGAAAGAGCUUCCACCGCAUCCAGCAGAUGUUACCUGAUAAAUCAAUGGCCAGUUUGGUUCGGUUUUAUUACUCCUGGAAGAAAAGUCGCAGUAAAACCAGUCUGAUGGACCGACAGACCCGCAAACACAAAAGAGAGAGAGAUGACAGUGAUGAUGAGGUGGAGGACAGUAAUGGAAAUCCUCCCAGUGACUCUGAGUUCAACCCAACUAAAGACGACAAGAAGGAGGUUAGCUCUGGAUCAGAGAGGUCAGAGGUCAAACCAGCUAUUGGACUGAAGUCAGGAGGGAAGGCGUCUCAGCGGGUGAAGAAACGUCCUCCAAGAGGAAUGUUCCUGAAUCAGCAGGACGUUGUCUCGCUGUCCUCCAGUUCUGCUCAGGGACUCAUCCGCCAGCUGGACGUUCAGCUGGUCUCCAUCAAGAGACAGAUUCAGACCAUCAAACAGUCGAACAGCACUCUGAAGGAGAAGCUCAGCUCAGGAGUUGAGGAGUUCAGGCAACCAGAGGUGAAUCAGAAGUUUAACAGUCGUUGGACCACUGAGGAGCAACUGCUGGCUGUACAAGCCAUCAGAAAGUAUGGACGGGACUUCCAGGCGAUCUCCGAUGUGAUUGGUAACAAGUCUGUGGUGCAGGUGAAGAACUUCCUGGUGAACUACAGACGCAGGUUUAACCUGGACGAGGUCCUGCUGGAGUGGGAGGCGGAGCACGGUGUGGAGGGCGGAGCCACCGGGGACGAUGACAAGAUGGAGGUCGGUCCUGCCGAGGAGGAGGAGGAGACUGUUGUCAGGGAGACGAAGGAGGCUGUCAUCAGAGAGACGAAGGAGGAGUCGUCCUCUCCGGCGGACUUGGACUCCCAGAAGCCUUUGCCCUCCUGAGGAUCUCUGACUCCGCCCCUCUGUUUUUUAUGAUGUCAUCAUUUUUUAAAAUUUUACUUCCUGGUUAUCAAUUAGAAUGUUGGACUUUUAUUGAUCAAUCAAUUGAUCAGGUAUGUGUGAUCUGAUGAACUGUCAUCACUGUUCUGGACCAAUCAGGAAAUAGAAAUGACCUGUCAAUCAAAGUGGGUGGGGCCUGUUUUAUUGAUAUUUUAUGUUUUUAAAGGUAUAAUAUGCAGGAUUUGUCAGUUGGUGUUUGUAAACACACAGCAU